AUGUCCCAAACACCUAGAAUUCCAGAUAAAGUGAUCAAUUGGGAUAUUCUCAAUGAAAUUGUUUCCAUGGAUGAAGAUGAUGCUGGCUUUUCACAAUCCUUACUAAUACAAUUCUUUGAGCAAGCGACUUCUACCUUUAACCAAAUCGAACAGCACAUCAAAACUGAUAAGAACUUGGAUCAACUGGGACAGCUGGGACACUUUUUGAAAGGAUCUUCGGCAUCCCUAGGUCUACAGAGGAUUGCAUGGGUUUGUGAGAGAAUUCAAAAUUACGGACAGAAAAGAGAAGGAUCCGGUAUUACAGACGAUAAUUAUAUACAAUUGAUUCAAAAUUCUCUGGAUCUGGCAAGGAAAGAGUUUGACUCGGCCAAGAGCGAACUAGGGCAGUACUACAAAACUCAAUUUUAA